UCUUUAUUUACCCAAAAGGGGUCCAAAGUCCAACUCCGAUGGCCGAAACUUGGGAUCUUAGGCAACGAAUGGGCUUAAUGCAAUACAGUCGGGACCACCUUCAACCCAUUACCAUAGGUUUUUCAAGCAUGUGAUUCAAAUGUCUAGAGUUCUGACCAUUUUAAGUCUUUAAGCUGCAAAAUUAAAUUGCGAGGUCGUAUUGCUGAAUUGUAUGGGGUGAAGCAUUGCCCAGCUGGACUGCGUCUCUCUGGUUUGAUAUUGACAGCAUUUUAUUGUAAAUGUUUAGUCACUGAACGCAACAUCCUUACUCCAAAGAUCAACAAAAGUGGAUCUUUUUGCAUCUGAUGGUUGAGGAGGGCAGCAAGGCAGCAGCUGUGUGUCUCCAGGUGGGAGACGAGCUUGUCAACAUCAACGAGAUUCCCCUGAGUGGCUACAGACAGGAGGCAAUCUGCCUAGUGAAAGGCUCCCACAAGACCCUCAGUCUGGUGGUGAAAAGGCGGAAUGAACCCAUAAGCAGGCCUCACUCCUGGCACUCCACCAAGUUCAACGAAAGCCAAUCAGAGACUGCCAAAACACAGUCUCCACCCACGCCAGUCUGGCACACCAGAUAUGAUGCAAGCUCAUCCUCAACUGAUCUCUCCUCUGGCUGGGAGCAGACAAACCUGCGCAGAGUGUCCGACCAGUUCAGCUCUCUUGGCAGUAUGGACAGUCUAGAACAUGUCUCACAACCGUACCAUGCUGGUCAGCUGUCACCUGCCAAGUCUAACAACAGUAUGGAGCACCUUGGAGGAGGGAAACGAGACUCAGCCUACAGCUCCUUCUCCACCAGCUCUGGCACACCAGACUACACCCUCUCAAAGAGCAAUGCUGCCUCAACAGAGAACAUGCUCUGUAAAGUCAGCCAGUGGGAUGCAGGAGGAAAGCACAACAAUGGUAGAAACAGCCAAAGCCUGAGUGAGGGAGCCAAACAGGAUGAUAGGCUCACGUACUUUCAGAUGCCAGGAGUUAGCGCAGGUUGUGAGGGUCCCCAGACUGAGGACCCAGCUGGCUCCCGCCAUUCCACUUCAAGUAGAACCGGCUUUGGACCUGUUUGGCAUGUCCCUGAGAAAAAGAAGACAGCAUCCCCAUCACCUCCCCCACCCCCUCCACCUGCACGCAGUGACAGUUUUGCUGCGACUAAGGUACAUGAAAGGGGGCUCGUUAUAGCUCACCCUGAAGGACCUGAUUCACAUACCCCCUGUAAGGCUUCCCCUGAAAAUCGCCGCAUCCAUGACUGCGACAGUUUUUACUCUGAUAAAUCUAGCCACAACCAAUUCAGCUCAAACAAGCAGUACUCCCUUUCCAGCAGUGAUGUUCGACAGGGCCAGCCUUACCAUCAAAGACACCAUAGUGAUAAAAGCACUUUUUAUUCUCAGUCCUGGGCUACGUCUGUAACAAAGCCACAGAACGUAGGUGGCUACCAUUGUAGCAUGCAAGAACUGCCUACUAAUGGUUCUGCUCAACACUUUGGUCAAAACCAGAGAAGGAACUUAAGCAACUCCCUUUCUACCACAGUCACUGACCAAAACACUGACAGCAGUGGACAUAGCCGAUACUACUGUGUCACAACAUGCCAGCCCACGCCUAACCCCCAGCUGAUGUCAGGAAAACCAGAGGACAGGAGGAGUGUCACAGGUGCAGACCUGGCACAGAGUGGAAAUAAGCGUAAUUCUCUUAGCCCACAGACAGUCACCAAAGUAAAGUAUCAUCUGCCCCAACAACACACCCCGCACAGUAAAGACAGUAAUGGAUACAGCAAACACCAAGUUACUACUGUAUUAGAAACCUCUGUACCUAAACCCAGCUCUGAUGAUAGAGGAAUCCAGAGAGGUCACAUCACACAAAAUGCAGAAUCUCAGUACGUGAGUUACCCUCCUACCAGACAAUCUGAACAGCGAAGGUCUCUCCCACUACAACACAGAGAAAUAUCCCAAGAUAUUAGAUAUCAGAGUCAAGUGAGCAACAAAAUCAGCCCCAAGGUCACCCCCAUGCUGCACUCUCUAUCCAUGGAUGUUGCAGACCAAAAUGAGAAAACGAGAAGCACAAUCUCUGAGGAGUCCCUUGAAAGCCAGCAGCUAAAACGCAGUGAUCGUUUUGCCACAACAUUAAGGAAUGAAAUCCAGAUGAGAAGAGCCAAGCUGCAAAAAAGUAAGAGUGCAGCUAUCCUUCCCAAUGCUGAGGGUGAGACUGAAGAAGAUCGGGAUGUCUGGAAGUCCACUGAAAGCACCAUCCCAACUACUGCAGUUGGAUCCUUCACCAACACCUACAAGGAUCAUCUGAAGGAAGCACAAGCAAGGGUUCUCAAGGCUACCUCUUUCAGGAGGAAAGACCUGGAGCCUGUCUUAGUGGAGAACCCUGCAGCGGAGGCCUUACCUAACUACCCAUCCUCAGUGUUGACACGUAAAGAUGUCACCCCUCUGCCAACUGUCACAGAAGUGGUAAUGAGUAAAUCAGGGCCUGCUGCUGGUCAGGUAACUCGCAUUGGAGGCCGGAAGCGUUUUCCUGCAGAAAAGAAGGUAAGGUCUUUCUCUGAACCAGACAAAAUCCACGAAGUUGGGAUGAAAGAAGAUCUCCCAUGCAGUGAAAAUACAAGCUCCUCACUAGACCGACAAAAGCUCUUAAAAGAAAGUGGGAACCCAGGGUUCCCCAAUCACACACCCCCUCCAAGCUAUAAAGAGAACCAAGGACAAGAUCUUGCCUCCAUAAGUACAACAGGAGACAAAAUGAGAGGGAUCAGGAGCAUAGAGUACACUGAGGAAGCCAAGAGGGUUCCUUACACUGCACACAAGCAGUCUGUCCAAGAGCAGCAAAGACUGGGGACCUUCGCAGAGUAUGAGGCAAGGUGGAAUAUACAGAAGAAACCCCCAGAAACAAGAGCCUCUGGACGGUACCGGUCAGCUGAUAACAUCCUGGAUCCAGGACCAGAGGAGAGAACCAAAACCACAUGUUUCCAUGAGAGAUCCAGAUCCUCUCCUUCAGCUGACAUCUAUGGGCAGAAGAUUCCAGUUCCUGCAAGAAAGUCUGAGACUGAGUAUUCCCAAACAGAGAGUAAAGCUGCUGAACUGCUAAGCACCGCUACAGGGUUCUCUGACAGAGGGCCCGGUGACUGUAAAGUGAGAGAAAAGCCGGUGGAGUUCGAACAUUACUCAGUGCCACCCCCUCCGCCCCUGACAGGAGCCAACCCUGACUGCAGACACAGAGCUGCCCCUGCUUCCAUUAACCACAGACCCACAUCUGUCUCUCACAGUCUCACAGAGUCUGCCCUCCCUCAUGCUGGGGACCUCAGUCACAAUGAGCCGCCGUCUGGAUCGAGGAGGAAGCCCUCUGCACUAGAGAAGCCUCCCCCUUCCAGAUACCCAGAGGUCGACUCCCACAAGUCCUUCACCAGUUCUCAGAGUGAAGUCUUCACCCACUGCUCUCCUAACACUGAUCCGAACUCCGCCUGUCUCCCCACCCACUCUGCAAAGGGAGAUUCUGAGCAGGGCAAAGGACUUGUGGACAAAGGACAAGGGGCAGUACAUCAUCUACCAACAUCCAAUCCUCAGCCUGCCUCCUCUCCCCUGGCUUCCUCCUACAGACCUCCAGGGCUGGCCAGUAUGGAGAGGCAGCGCUCACCAUCUCCACAGUUUUCCCCACAAAGACUCAGCGACAAGCCUCCUGUCUCUCUGCAGGAUGAAGACUCAAACAGGAUGGAGCAUGUGAUAGAAAGCCAAAAUUCUGCAGUGAAGAAAGUGCCCAUCAGGAUUGUCCACUCAGAGGGAGUCACAGAGAAAGAGAAUUAUCCAUUUUUGCAGCACAGUGACUCCCCUGCUGUUGAAGCUGAGGGACCUGCUGUCAACAGGCUCAGCAGUCUGGGGGCUGCAGGGCAGGACUCUGUCUUCUGUGCCUUUACUCGGCAGAGAAAGCCGGACAGUCUACCAGCUGCUCAGACAGACCCGAAGCCCCAGAGAGACACAUACAUGACCACUGUCAGAGAUCACAUUAACUCCAAUUGUCAGCAGCCACGGCAGCCCACAGACGAGCCCAGCAGCAACAGCACAGCUGUAACCACAGGACUGACUGAAGAGGACCAGAAGAGAGAGGAGCUGGCCAGGGACAUCAUGGGGAAGGACAAGUCACUAGCGGAUAUUUUGGAUCAGAGCAAGAUGAAGACCACCAUGGAUUUGAUGGAGGGUAUCUUCCCUCAGGGGGAGCAGCUGUUGGAAGAAGCUCACCAGCGCAGGAAGGUGCCCUCGAAGCAGACAGUCUCCCGUCCUGCUGAGGAAAGGGAAAAGGAGGACAGUAUGGCAGCGGCGGUCACCAUGGUGACCAGCUCUACAUAUUACAGCACAUCUGCUCCCAAAGCUGAACUCCUUAUCAAGAUGAAGGACAUGCAGGAGCAGGAGGAAGACUCAGAAGAUGAACUGGACAUUGAUCUGGCCAACAAGAAGCAAGAACUGAUUGACAGCCUUAGCAAGAAGCUCCAGGUGUUGCGGGAGGCCAGGGAGAGUCUUCAGGAGGACAUCCUGGACAAUAACGCUCUGGGAGAUGAGGUGGAGGACCAAGUCCAACAGGUCUGCAAACCCAAUGAGCUGGACAAGUUCAGGAUGUUUGUCGGGGACCUGGACAAGGUGGUGAGUCUUCUGCUGUCCCUGUCAGGCCGUCUGGCCAGAGUGGAGAACGCCCUCAACAGUCUGGAGGAGGACGCUACUGCUGAGGAGAGGCGUACGUUGAUUGAGAAGAGGAAGCUGCUGAUCCGACAGCAUGAGGAUGCGAAGGAGCUGAAGGAGAACCUGGACCGUCGGGAACGCAUUGUUUAUGACAUCCUGGCCAACUACCUGCAGGAGGACAGCCUUACAGACUAUGAGCACUUUGUCAAGAUGAAGUCUGCGCUCAUCAUUGAGCAGCGCAAGCUUGAGGACAAAAUCAAACUGGGCGAGGAGCAGCUCAAGUGUCUGAUGGACAGUCUGCCAAUAGAACAGAGGCUGUCCUUGUGAGGAAGUUGGACACCAUCUUUGAAAUAGCCCAAAACUCUGAUGAUGAGGACUGGUUAUGUUGCUCCAAGUUGCAGUUGAGCCCUGUGUCCAAUAGAGGGAGACAGAGACAGGUUCCUUCAGAGACAAACAGCCAGGGACUGUCACAUUUUCUGACAUUUUUCAAUUGACACCUCCUGAAGUGGACUACCAUAGCACCACUUGGACUGACAGCAUCCAUAUGUAACUCCUUUGUGAAAGAUGCUGCUUGUCCUGGCAUCAUCCAACCACUGUAUCUAAUGUCUUUCAGGCCUUUUUGGCUGUUCUUAUUUUAUGUUUUUGGCUUUUUAGUAAUUUAUUGUAGCCUUUUGAAUCUGUGCAGGAGGGGACAGUAUUUUAUCUUGAACCGAUUUGAGCAGCCAUGAUACCUGAUGUGUUUUACACGCUGAGCAACCAAUAGGAGUAUUUAUCAAGUUUUAUGUUUAAAUAAUUUCACACUCUGAAAUGCUUUUCACAUAAAAAAAUAAAAUCUGGCCAAAUGUUUCAGUAAACACAAACCUUUUUAUUAACAUUUAUAUAUAAACUAGUGGCCUUUUACUAAGAUUUUUGUGCCCUCGCUUUCCUCACUUAAAAAACUUUUCCUCUGCAAUAAACAGGAUGACGACAGAAGGAUUUUAGUGCAGCAGGACUGUGAAUGUACUGGUCAGUUUAAAGAGCACUUGUUCAACUUCACUAAACAGAAGAAGCACUUCAAAUCCAGAUUUUAACUCAAGUAAAAUCCACAUUUAAAGUGCCUGGGGAGUCCUCCAUGUCACUGCAAACACUGUCCAGUCUUGAAUCCUGUGCUGUUCCGUUUUAUUCACAGCCCGAAAAUCUUGAUUAGAUUAUGAUAUUGCCACAUAUAACUUGACCAAGUGUUUCUGUAUUUUGUAUUUUGUUGGUCACAGUGCAGAUGUUACUUGACUUCUAGAUAAUUCAACACUAAAAACAGUUUGGGUUGAUCAUUUUGCAACCAAGUAUGGAAUGAAAUCAUUCCAAAGCAUUUUGACCAUCUUGAACUUGAGUCUAUCAAAUGUCUAAAUUUUAGACUGUAGGGAUUAAAUCAGUCUCCCAAAGGUAAAGCCUACUGGAGGAUGUUUGUCCUGAACAUUUGAGUAUGUUACAGUUUGAAAUGCUUCAUGCACUGCUGCAGCCUGACUCUUAACACUUUAACAGCUGUGCUCC